AUGGUUAACUCCACGGAAGCUUCCUAUUUUAUACUGACUGCAUACUCUGACACCGGGGUUUUUAAAUACCUAUAUUUCCUGAUCAUUCUGGCUUUGUAUAUUUGUAUUAUAGGUGCCAACAUGUUGCUGAUUGUGGUUAUCUGUGUGAACAGGAGCUUACAUGAACCUAUGUACCUUUUUCUGUGCAGCCUGUUUGUAAAUGAACUGUAUGGUAGUACAGGGUCGUUUCCAUUCCUUCUGGUUCAGAUCCUCUCUGACAUUCACACUGUUUCUGCUCCGCUCUGCUUCCUGCAGAUUUAUUCUGUGUAUACAUAUGUGUGCGUGGAAUGUUUUAACUUAACCGUCAUGUCUUAUGACAGAUAUCUUGCUAUCUGUUAUCCUCUGCAAUAUAACACAUAUAUGACAUCUAACAAAGCUUCUUUUCUUAUUACAGUGUCAUGGUUGUUCCCUUUUCUUGCAAUUGUUGUUAUGAUAUCCUUAAGUGUGUCUUUAACGCUGUGUGGGAACAUCAUUAACAAAGUGUACUGUGGGAAUUACUUCAUUGUUAAGCUGGCCUGCUCUGACACCAGGGUCAAUAACAUUUAUGGACUCUUUAACACGGUCAUCUCCAUCAUCAUUCCUCUGCUUUUAAUCCUCUACACGUACAUGAGGAUCCUCAGAGUGUGUUUCUCUGGCUCCAAACAGACCAGACAGAAAGCUCUCAGUACCUGCACACCUCACCUCGCUUCCUUGCUUAACUUCUUUUUUGGAGUUUUUUUCCAGAUAUUACAGAGCAGGUUUGAUAUGAGCAGUGUUCCCAACAUUCUGAGCGUUUUAUUAUCCUAUUAUCUAUCAUGCCAGCCUCUCUUUACCCCAGUCCUGUACGGGCUGAAGAUGUCUAAAAUCCGCAUCAUAUGUAAGCGUCUGUUGUACGGAGAAGUGUAGGUCAUCAAGAGAUUGC